AAUCAUGGAAGCGUGAUGAAGAUGCUUAUUAUUACAAAAAUCCAAGAAAGGCUUUAAGAAAUUGGCUCGAGAAUCGCGGUUAUGAUUUGGAUUUUGAAAAUGAGCAAGAAGGACCAGGUCAUUCACGUACUUUUACUGCUCGUAUUCGAUUGCCGGACGUUGAAGAUGCAUAUGGGCCUGUUUAUGGUACAGGCAGCGGUUCUAAAAGAAAGGAUGCAGAAAAACAGGCUUCUAUAGACGCUUGUGAGAAAUUAGACAUGCUUGGCCUACUGCGCGCAAGUCAAGACGAAGCCUCCGCAAGAAAGAAAAGAAUGCGUGAAUUGAUCGGUGAUACUGAUGAAGACGAUGAUAACGAUAGUUACUAUGAUCGAACCGGACAAGCUGAGCGAGCAAAAUUACGUAAAAUACAGCAACCUCAAAAAGUCGAGACAUAUGGAUCAUUAACAAAACAACGAGAAGAACUUGCAAUUAAAAUCGAAGAAACUCGAAACAAAAUAUCUUUUGCUAAAGAAUUCGAAAAAUUAUCUCCCGCGGUUGCAGCCGAAGAUGAUUUAGAUUCUUAUAUGCAUUCAAUAAAUAAUGAUCUUAAGGGUGAAUCAGCAGCGAACUUGGAAGCUACACUACAGGAAUUAUUAAAACAAGACCAGAGGCUUGCUAAACUUAUUGAAAUUACGAAACCUCUUGAUAUUAUGCAAAGUAAUUCAAUAAUAUUAUCCUCUUCAAAAUCAGAUAUUGCAAACAACAAUGCAGCUGUAUCUGCAACUGCAACAAAUACAUCAUUAAUUACCGAGCCGAACAUUAAAAUAAAUGUGUUUAAAAUUCCAAUAUCAACAAAUAAUUUUGAACAUCAUGAUGAAUUUUUGAAUCUACAACCACCAAAAGAGUCUUCAAGUAGGGUUUCACAAAAAAGGCAAAUUUCUUCUGAUAAAGAAGAAAUUAAUAAAGAAGAAAAAAGAAUGAAAACUAUGAUACCAAUGACUCCUCAAGAAUAUGAAGAAAAACAUGAAAAUGUCAAAGAAUUAAAUGAUAUAGAAGUUGAAGAAGCUACUGUAUGGGAACCACCUAAAGGACAAACAGGUGAUGGCAGAACAGCUUUGAAUGAUAAAUAUGGGUACUAA